UUAUACUUAUCAAUCCAAAUCUGAAGAAGACUCACUAAACCAUAAAAAAGAAUCGUACCCUACCGUACCGAAUCGAACCGAUUUUGGUUUUGGUGAUGGAGGAAUCAUCAUCGUCAUCAUCGUCGUCGAAGCAGUCAAAGUACAAAGGGGUGAGGAAGAGGAGAUGGGGGAAAUGGGUAUCGGAGAUCAGACUUCCCAACAGCAGAGAACGUAUUUGGUUGGGAUCUUACGACACCCCCGAGAAGGCGGCGCGUGCCUUCGACGCUGCUCUCUUCUGCCUCCGAGGAAGCGGCGCGAAUUUCAAUUUCCCGGAUAAUCCUCCGGUUAUCGCCGGCGGGCAAGAUAUGUCGCGAACGGAGAUCCGAGAAGCGGCUGCGAGGUUUGCUAACGCGGAAGAGAAUGUGGAGAAGGAGGAAGAGCAAGAGUCGGAGUUGGUGGAGAGUGUGCUUCCGACGGUUGGGUCGGGUAACUUCGCUUCGGAUUUCGGGUUGUUCCCCGGGUUUGAUGAUGAUGAUGAUGAGCUUUCUCCUACGCUUUAUGAUUGCUCCGUCUAUCUUUGGAACUUUUGAAUCCAGAAUUUUACUUUGGAGAUAUAUAUAUAUAUAUGUUUACAAUUUUUUUUUUUGCAAUUUUUGGAACAUUAUUUCGAUUAUGAUUCUUUUGUCUUCCCCCCCCGAAUUUUGUUUGUUAAGGGCCCAAUAUUUGUCUGCAGAUGAUAAAAAGCUUUAAGUCAGAUCACUUUA